UGUACACAGGCAUGACAGAAUUUACACUUCCUGGUGGAAAACAACCGAUUUUUAAGCUAUCACUGGGAUUAUUAUUCACCAAAUAAAUUCUUAUGAUAUUUUGAGACAUUCAGAAAUACAUUUUAUAUCGUUUCCGGGCGAAAGUCCGAUAUGGCCGGCAAUUUUAGCUACAGCUUUGAUCCGGAUGAUCAAGAGAGUUGGUUCUUUGGUGAUACGAAGAGAGAUGAUACCAACUUAAUACUCAACUCGGAGGGAGACACCGGGGUGUUUCUAGUCAGGGGGAGUACCUCCAUCAUUGGGGACUUUGUGCUCUGUGUCAAAGAAGACACUAAAAUUAGCCAUUAUAUCAUCAAUAAAAUAACAAGCGGUGGAAAGACCAUGUACAAAAUAGGCGAUAAGGAAUUCCCAGACAUCCCUACGUUACUAACGUUUUAUAAAAAUCACUAUUUAGACACAACUCCAUUGGUUAGGCCUGCUUUGAGAAAAGUUAUAGGAAAAUAUCGAUUUACUUCAGGAGAUGCAGAUGAUUUGAAGUUUGAAAAAGGCGAAGUUUUAUCAAUUUUACGAAAAGACGAGGACCAGUGGUGGACAGCUAGGAAUAGUCGGGGAGAAGAGGGCCAGAUACCAGUGCCGUACGUGGAGGAGUACACUAAAGAAAGUAAAGAAGCCAUAGAGAAAGAAGUAAAACAAAAAAAAACACAGUCAUGCGAAAUACCUGCACAGCCAUAUGCACAGCCACAACCAGUGGUGCCUCAAAUAACUCAGAGACAACUUCCAGCAAUGGCACGCGUGAUCAAAGACCGCAUACCAAAUGCAUACGACCCAAGAGCACUCGAGUUACACAUUGGUGACAUGGUGAAGGUGAUACAGACAAACAUGAACGGAGAAUGGGAAGGAUUGGUUGGUGAAAAACAAGGCUUGUUUCCGUUUACCCAUGUCCAAUUCAUCGAUUCGCCCGAUGGUGACGGUGUGUAGAUAAUGGAAGACUUUCUAGUUGACUUGACAUCAGUUCUUGACUUGCAGUAGAUGUUUGCACAAGGUGGAUGUGUCAUGGUGUCGAGCAUAUUCAAACAGUGUACGGUGAAGUGAAAUUGGCGCUGUGUGGAGGAUAAGAGAGACUUAUGCAUAUAUGCAGAAGAAGAUGAACACUUGUUCACGAAUAAAUUCUGCUUGAAAUGAAGUCACUGCAGCGGCAAUUAUAUGUUUUAUUGGUAACCAUUAGUAACGGCUGAAUGUGUUCAUUGUCGUAUUGUACUUUAAAGGGUAGCAAAUACUAGGCAAAUGUAUGAAUUGCUAAUACUUGGAACUAAAUUGGUUCAAAGCCUGGUACCCUUGGUUUAAAGCCUGGUACCCUUGGUUCAAAGCCUGGUACCCUUGGUUCAAAGCCUGGUACCCUUGGUUCAAAGCCUGGUACCCUUGGUUCAAAGCCUGGUACCCUUGGUUCAAAGUCUGGUACCCUUGGAUUGACAGUAUGUGGCAGGGAUUUGGGCCUACAGUAGUGGAGGUUUUCAAAACCGGAUAAGAACAUUUAAGGGUAUUUAAGAAUAAGAAUAUUCAAACAAUUUUAUUGAUGAAGUAUUGAUUAAGAUUUAGAUCAGUUUUAACAAUCAUUUAGGUACUUAUUCUCAUGUGUUACGUUGUGAAUCUGACAUUUGACAUUCACGUCUGUCAAUGUCCUCUUGAGAUGUGUGUUUGUCAAGACUAUGGGCAGGACUGGUUGGUCAGUGUUCUCCAGGUGAUUAAUAUCCACAUCUGGAGAACUGGGUCUGGUUUGACUACUUUGGUUAAAAUAUUCCUUGCUCACAGGUGAAUAGUACUGAUAGACCGUCAGAUAGAAGACACCUGUUUGUGACUUCGUAAGUGUUUUAAAACUGGCCUACCCAACUCCUGCCUAUAAUCGCGCCUUGCAAAAUCUGAAACAGGUUGUGUUUAGGGAGCCCAAAAUAUGUCCAAUAAUUGGUUGGACAUGUUAAUUUAAAAAAAACCAUGCUCAACUUAAAAUGUAGUUGUACUUGUCAUGUUAUAGAAUGUAACUUUGGUCUGCAGUAUUUUGCAUCAUAAAUUCUACUAUACACAACAUCGGGGCAUGCUACCAGUAUCAUAAUAGUGCUGACUACAAUAUGGCUACUUUGGAAGUGUAGACCCUGACUACAGGUGAUCUAUACUAAUAUUAUACUUUUAGAGUCAGUUCUCUGUAUUUUAAGCAUUCAGAGGCAAGUUCUAGUUGUGAAUAUCUGGUCUUGUUACAUGCAAGGGAGCGCUGUUUUCCUAGACAGGCAAUCUCAGCCACCAGUAAGACAACCGGGUCAGAAGUUGCUUGGUAACACUCAGCAGUCAGGACACUCAGAUUCUUCUUGGGUGUGAUCAGAAACAGAUGUCCAUUAUAUCACGAAUAACUGAAUAAGGUAACUCUGAUGAUAGCUAAAGAUAGAUAAGUCCUUUUUGAAUGGAAAUGGUUGACUCAGUUUUGAUGACUCAUCAGGAUACUGAAUUUUGGUGCUAAACUGCUCAAGAAUGUAUCACAGAAGUAUCACGGUGAAUGAGUUGACUCCAACAACUACGUUGCUUGAGAGGAUGCUUUCUUAAACAACAUGUCAGCUCUCAUCAGGCUAAAGGCCUGGUUCCACUUUAGCAGUUUGUAGGCGUGGGUAAAGUGUUUAGUUCUCACUGUCAUUAGCUUUAUUUCAAUGUUAGUUUUUGGUGAGACAUGACACGUUUUACUGUCAAAAUCCAAACAGAAAGCUGCUAUAUUGGAAUGGAGUGUUAUAAACUUAGCUUUUUGACUCGAGCUAUUAAAAGUGUCUGCCCUGAAGUAGCCCCAAUUAUGAGUGCGACUCAAAUCUUACUAUAGUAAGCCUCGUGUAUAGACUUUUGUAAAAUAUUCUAUUUUCAAGGUUUCACGAAUAUCUAGACUUAAUUGUGAGAACAAUGUGUCACCACACUGCUAAAUUUUCUCAUCUCAUUCGAUCAUUUAAGCGCAUAAUGUACCUAGAAUAUUUGAUUUUGAAAAUAUUUUACAUUUUGUUGUGUGGCCAUAUUGCCGUGACGACACUGCUUUCUGAAUGUUGUCUGAUUAUAAUGAGCACUGUUGCUUAAGAAGCAAACCCUCAGGUUGUCAAUCAUAUUCAAUGUCUAGUAAAGAUUAGUGAAUACAAAAUGUAGUAAAAAAGGGAAAUUUGUUGUGUCACGUGCUUGUUCUGAAGUAUUGCAAUUCGUUUUUAAAUAGUACUUUUUUCUCAGAUUUCUAUCUUUUUCAUUUUCCAAAGUUGUGUAUUUGUACCAGUUCAUCUCAGGAGUGGCCUGAAAUCAAAAUCAUGUUUGAACCUUAUUUUGUGUACGGAAAAACCAAAAUAUUUCUUUUGAAAGCUUGGUAUACACUAAAUCUUGGUUUCCGCUCAGAGUGGAACCACUGGUGAACAUGGACAACCGCACAGUUUUCACAGGUGUGGCUUUAUUUUGAUGAACUUGCAAGAUUGUAAGUGAGAGAAACCUGUGGAAAGCAGGAAAGUGUGACGAACACUGUGCGGAGUGACUUCUUGAGAUAGAGGGACAAAGGUCGAAAGUGGUCAAAUUUACGGAUAAGAUUUGUACAGAUCGAGAUGAGAGUGUUGGUUUUAUCAUUUGGGUUCUGUUCCAACUUACAAUACCUCUUUAAAGUGGAAUGGUACAUUUCAUCAGUACCAUGGCUUGGGGACUUAUGAGUAUCAAUUUGUUGAGUUUUGCUGCUAGAUGGGUUGGGUUUUUCCCAGCUUUUUCAUCACUGAUAAUCAAUUUGCGUGAAACAUGGGAAAUUCUUACUAAACGUAGCACAGAAUGGUCAUGAAGACAAAACCGUGUGAGUUGCCCUGUUGUAUUAAAGAGCCCUGUACAUGCUUUUCCUGCACAAUGAGCGCUUGCUUUAGAUGGUCCCACCUGAAACCACCAACGUUGUAAACACACUUAUCUAAUAUUUGCAUGCAGAUGAUUUCAACUUAAGUUGAUGUCAAGUUGGCAGUCUAUAUGCUGCCCUCGAAUUGGUGAGAAAGUACUGCAAAUGCUUGUCAAUUCAGGGUGAAAUGGGACUUAAUAUCUUAUUGUAAAUAGCCUCAUGGAACUUGUAGCAAAAUAUAGUGCUAGGUGAUUUUAGAUUGAAUUUUACACUCUUGACUUGAAGGGAGACUGUAUAGGCAGGAGCAAUAUGUGUCUCCUCUAUCCCACAUAGAGACUAUUCACACUUCUGCUAGUUAUCACUGAAUUGAAUACAACCCCCUCACUGCAUACUAGUCACAUAAAGACUACCAAAGUUAACCCCCUGCUCCUGCCUAUAGUCCCCCUUUAACUUGAUUUUCAACCUAAACUGCUCAGUUUUCGAGCUUGUACUUCAUGAGAUUUCUUCAAAUAUUUAGAAAAUUUGAUUAGUUUUGUCACCAUUACAGCAAUUGCUGCCCUCUAUCCCUGAUGUGUUGAACUAUAAAUGUGCUUGUGUUGUGUCACUAUUUGUACUAAUACAGUAUACCCGCAAAUAUUUGCUAUUCUGCAAAUUAUCUGUAAAAGCGAAAAUAAAGGCACACAAUGUCUGUAGGUUUCCAACAUGGUUCUGAUACGUUUUCAUUUCACUAUUAUUUGGAUGUUCUCAAUGUAUCUCAUAUGACACCCAUAUUGGGUGGCAUUUUUCUGACAACUGUUAAUGAGGAAAUACUAGCAGCUAUUAUACAUCUUGUGAAAUACACCAUAGUUAUAUUUGCCUGGUUUUAAUUGAGCAUUUUGACAACCCUUUAGCAGUAACUAUCAGAUUUUCAGUUCCGCAGUUUUAUUUUUGUAAACCUUGCUAAUUGCGGAAAACGUGAAAUUGAAAUGCGCCAUUGUUUCCCUGACGAUACAAGUGUUUUGAUGCGUCUACAAUAUCUCACGUGUCGCUUUGCUACCGUAGUUACAGUUAAAGUGAAAAGACAGACAAUAUGUAACAAUGAUUUGUGAAUAAAUGAAUGGUGAAGCCCAUUGUAUUAUAAUAAAUGCCAUUACUAGUA